AUGUUCGAGGACAUCCAGUUGAUUUAUAUGAACAUCUGGAUUUUGAGAUUUUGGGGAUUGCUGUAUGAUAACAGCUACAAGUACAGCAUUUGCUUGGCCCUCAGCAUUUUCCACGUAUUUACACAACUCUACUAUAUGCUGAGCACCGAUGACGGCAUAACUGGCAUUAUACGCAACUCCUAUAUGCUAGUUCUUUGGAUCAAUACUGUGCUGCGCGCCUAUCUAUUGAUUCAUGAUCACGACAGCUAUGUGGACCUGAUUGAAAACCUAAGACGCUCCUAUCACGAGCUCCGCCGCCAGAAUGAUCGUUAUAUAACUGACAUGCUAACCCAAGCAAAUAGACUCGGCCAACUGAUGGCGCGAGGCAAUCUUUUUUUUGGUCUCCUAACCUGCAUUGGAUUCGGAUUGUAUCCCUUGAGCGGCAGUGAGCGGGUCUUGCCCUUUGGCAGCAAACUUCCCGGCCUGGAUGAAUACAGCAGCCCCUACUAUGAGCUGUUGUAUGUCUUUCAGAUGCUCAUUACGCCCAUGGGCUGUUGCAUGUAUAUACCCUACACCAGUCUGAUGGUAGCCUUUAUUAUGUUUGGCAUUGUCAUGUGCAAGGCUCUGCAGCACCGAUUGGAGUGCCUGGGCAAAGGGUCCCUCACACGAAACAAACUGAAGGAGGAGAUAAUUGAGUGCAUUUGCUAUCAACAGCGCAUUAUUGACUACAUACACACAAUCAAUGCCCUUACCACAUACAUAUUUCUGGUGGAAUUCUUGGCUUUUGGCGCCCUGCUGUGUGCUCUGCUAUUCAUGCUCCUGAUUGUGAACUCAACAGCACAAAUGGUUAUAGUAUGCGCCUAUAUCAACAUGAUUCUGGCGCAAAUACUGGCGAUCUAUUGGUAUGCCAACGAGCUGAGGGAGCAGAACUUGGCCAUUGCUACAGCUGCCUAUAAAACCGAUUGGUUCGCCUUUGAUGUGCCAGCACAAAAAAAUAUGGUACUAAUUAUAUUGCGUGCACAGAGACCUGCAUCGAUUAUGUUGGGCAACAUUCGGCCGAUUACGUUGGAACUAUUUCAGAGGCUGCUCAAUACAACCUACUCAUUCUUUACAGUACUUAAGCGAGUUUACGCCUAA